AACACUUAACAUAAGCUCCCGUUCUCUCUGCUAGGAAAAUCUGUUUUCCUCUGUUUUUAGCAGGAAAAAAAGGGGGGGAAAACCGAGAAAAUAAUGGCUAUCGAAAAUGGAGCUGAUGAUUAUACACAGGAUGGCACCGUGGACCUUAAGGGAAACCCAGUUAGUAGAUCCAAAAGAGGAGGAUGGACUGCUUGCUCCUUUGUUGUUGUGUAUGAAGUGUUUGAACGGAUGGCCUAUUAUGGCAUAUCUAGCAACCUUGUGCUAUAUUUAACAAGGAAGCUGCAUGAAGGCACUGUCAAGUCCGCCAACAAUGUGACCAACUGGGUUGGAACCAUUUGGAUGACCCCAAUCUUGGGUGCCUAUAUUGCUGAUGCCCAUCUAGGACGCUACUGGACCUUCGUAAUUGCUUCCAUAAUCUAUCUCUCUGGAAUGUCAUUGCUAACUUUAUCGGUGUCACUUCCUUCACUAAAACCACCACCAUGUACUCAAUCCAAUGUGGAGGAUUGCAAAAAAGCUUCAACUUUACAACUAGCAGCAUUCUUUGGUGCAUUAUACAUUUUAGCAGUGGGUACUGGCGGGACCAAGCCGAACAUUUCAACCAUUGGUGCGGACCAGUUUGAUGAUUUCCAUCCCAAGGAGAAGGCUCAUAAGCUAUCUUUCUUCAACUGGUGGAUGUUUAGCAUCUUUUUUGGGACACUAUUUGCCAACACGGUUCUGGUGUAUAUACAAGAUAAUGUGGGGUGGACCUUGGGCUAUGGCCUGCCUACUCUUGGGCUUUUGAUUUCUAUUGUGAUUUUCUUGGCAGGCACGCCCUUCUAUAGGCACAGGGUGCCCUCUGGAAGCCCCUUCACUAGGAUGGCUAGGGUCAUUGUGGCUGCCCUAAGGAAAUGGAGGGUCCCUCUUCCACGUGACCCUAAAGAACUCCAUGAACUUGACUUGGAAGAGUAUGCUAAGAAAGGGAAAUUCAGGAUUGAUUCAACUCCUACAUUGAGGUUCCUCAACAAAGCUUCUGUAAAAACAGAUUCCACUGAUCCAUGGAUGUUGUGCUCGGUAACCCAAGUAGAGGAAACAAAGCAAAUGUUGAGGAUGAUUCCUAUUAUGGUAGCUACAUUUAUUCCAAGCACCAUGAUUGCUCAAAUUGGUACCCUCUUUGUAAAACAGGGGACUACUCUUGAUAGAGCCAUUGGCAGCUUUGAGAUACCUCCAGCAAGCUUGGCAGGAUUUGUGACAUUAUCUAUGCUUACUUGUGUUGUUUUAUAUGAUCGGUUCUUUGUUGCAAUUAUGCAGAGGUUGACAAAGAACCCCAGAGGCAUAACCCUCCUUCAAAGAAUGGGGAUUGGUAUGGUUUUCCACAUCAUAAUCAUGAUGGUUGCAUCUUUCACUGAGAGGUAUAGAUUGAAAGUGGCCAGGGAACAUGGGUUGGUUGAAAAAGGGGACCAAAUUCCAUUAAGUAUAUUCAUUUUGCUUCCUCAAUUUGUGCUUAUGGGAAUGGCAGACGCAUUUUUAGAAGUGGCAAAGAUUGAGUUCUUCUACGAUCAAGCACCAGAAGGCAUGAAGAGUCUUGGGACAUCCUAUUCCACUACCAGUCUGGGAAUUGGAAAUUUUAUCAGUAGCUUUCUUCUUUCAACAGUUUCUGACAUCACAAGCAGGCAUGGUCACCAAGGAUGGAUUCUAAACAACCUGAAUGCUUCUCAUCUGGACUACUACUAUGCAUUUUUGGCAAUUCUAAACUUUUUGAACUUCUUCUUCUUCUUGGUUGUGAUCAAAUUUUAUGUGUACAAGACUGAAGUCUCGGAUUCAAUGCAAGUACUCACUGAAGCAUUGACAGUGAACAGAAUAAGGACAUCAAACCCACAAGAACCGAGGUCUCAAAUUCAAAAUGGUGCCAAUGAAUAUCAGAGUUUAAACUCAAUUUUAUGCGUUAGAGCUUCAAGUGAUUGAAUUCAAGGAACAAAGGAAAACAUGUAAAAUGGGCUCCCCUAUAUCCCUUUUUGAUACUGCAGUAAAAAUGAAUAGUGCUU